AUGGCCGACUCUUCGUCUUCAAGCUUGAAAGGCGAAAACAGAUCUCGUCGCUCUUGGACAAUAUCUGCAGAAUCAAGUGCAAUCGAGAGCAAUGGUCGGUCAUCUCACGAGUCUACUAUCGAGAGACCGAAAACCCAGGGUGGAGAAGUAGUAGAUCCCAACAAGGCUGGUCCCAGUGGAUUCUCAAAGCUACUCGAUGCGCGUCGAAGGCGGAAACAAAAUAAAAAGAAGAGCCAACAACAAACCGACGAGCCGACGGUGCCGACUGUGGUUGUGGAAGACGACCUACAUGAAAGCCGGUCCAAUGACUCUCGGGAUGGGACCUCCGCAGCCCCAUCAUCGAUCGGAGAGAGCUUUGGGCCAGGGAAUGAAGGCAAUCAUCUGUUGACUGACGAUGACGAGCCGGAUGGACCUCCACCGCUCACCUCGCAUAACUCCCAUGCCGGAUUCUACACCACGUCCUCACCAUUGAUCAAGACUACAUCGGUGGAUGUAGGAGACAUGGAAGGCUCCCAUGCCGAUGCGGAGUCAGCUGUUAGCGGUGGUCUUAGUGCCACUGGGUCGGAAUCAAACUUGAGUGAAAGAAUAACCCGACGCGCGACAUCGGGUAUGGCAUUGGAUGUCCCCACGAACUCGAAUAGCAAAAAACGUGGUACAUCCCCUGGACGACGCCUUAAAGGUGCUUUCAGUUCGGAAAAGAAAGACACUAGUGACGACCCGGAGACUACAUCAGCCAAGCCCGGGGGUAACAAAAGCGGGCGGGGUCUGUUUGGAAGCAGUCGACGGAGCAGCCUUUCAUCGAAACGAGCACAGGCAGUCCCCGAUGAUGUUCCGCCUUUGCCUGCGCCAAUUCGUACCGACCUAACAGACAACAAGCCUCGUUCGCUUGAAGCGAGCCCCAUGCCGAACACCCCACCUCAUACCGCUAUUCCUGCGCCGGCGACAACUGUAACCCCUCCAACGCCAACUGAUUACCGCCCUCUCAGUGCGCAAAUACUGUCUAACAAUGUUACCGAUUCUCCCGAGUCUAUGCAGUCUGAACAUUCUCCAUCUUCUGGAGUCACCACCGUGAGCCCUUCUGGAAACAUGAUUUCCCACCGCCGGGCGCGGUCCGCUUCUGCAGCUCAUGGCCCAAGCAAACUGUCCAACUCAAUGUCUGUCGCACUGACACCACUUGAAGAAAAGACCCCAGGGGCGAAGACUCCGACUGGAACUCAGCAAAGCGGCUUCUUUUCCUCGGUGUUUUCAGUCGCGCAAAAUGCUGCCACUUCCUUCAGCAAUAGCAUCAACGUACAACAGAGAAAUCGUCCAACUUCUCAACCUCCUGCUGACGCUGAUAAACCUCCCAGUGAACACCCUUCGGAGGAAAGUGAAAAAACAUCAGAUAACGGCAGCAAGAUUGACGAAGGGAGACCAUCCGCUGUAGAGACUCUUGGGGCCGGAGAUCUGAACUUCAGUCAUCUGGACAUUGACGCACGGCCCGGUGAGUCAAUCACGACCGCCGACGGCGUAGUGAUCACAAAGCCCGGGGGCCCCACUGACAAGCGCAACAACACAGCUGUUUCCCGACGAGAUGAGGACUCUGCCAAACUUGAAGACAAACGCGCAGCGCGCGCAGUCCAAGUAGCUUAUGAAAAGCCUUCGGACUUAGAAGACGCUCUGGAGAUUCAGUCUACAACCUCACUUCCAAAAGAUGGCCUAAUUAUGGGCGAUCAGACUCCCCCCAAUGGUAGUAUCCUUGAUGGUGACAUGAGCGGGGGCAUCAAACGCACUGGUAGUGUGCGCAGCAAACUUGCUCGGCGUCAUCGAGGCUCAUCUGGGGCCACGGCUUCGACAAUCGGAGCGAUUGCUAAUGCUCUUGCACUUGGUGCUCCUGGUGUCAAUUCGAGUGUACCUCGAUUGACUGGCUUUGCGGUUGCGAGUAAAAAGCGCAACCGGGACUUCCACCAAUUAUUCCGGAGUGUACCCGAAGACGAUUAUCUGAUUGAAGAUUAUAGCUGUGCCCUACAACGUGAAAUCAUUCUCGCCGGCCGUAUCUAUAUCUCAGAAGGGCACAUCUGUUUCUCCAGCAACAUUCUAGGAUGGGUCACAACUCUAGUGAUCAGCUUCGAUGAGAUUGUUGCCAUUGAAAAGGAGAGUACUGCUAUGGUGUUCCCCAAUGCCAUUGCAAUUCAGACACUCCACGCGCGUCAUACUUUCCGCAGUUUGCUCAGUCGUGAGUCCACAUACGAUUUAAUGGUCAACAUCUGGAAGAUCAACCACCCUACCAUCAAAAGUUCUGUGAAUGGAACCCGUGUGACCAAUGGUACCGGUGAUAAGACAGAGAAGGUUGGGGAGGAGGAGAGCGAGUCCGAGAGCGAUCUCAGCGACGAAGAUGAAAUAUACGACGAGGACGAGGAAGGGGACCAUGCUGAUAGCUUCUUUGAGGCUGGCGGCAGUGCCAACGCUAGUGCAGCGUCAUUGCCAAUCCGAGCAGGUUUGAGCCGCAAGGCUUCAAAUCUAUCUGCGAAUGCGGCUAUUCCCGCGGCCGGCACAAAUGGCAAUGGCGAUAAAAAGAAUGGCGACAAAGGCGCCUCCAAGGAUGCGCCUCCUGAUUUCCCAGGCCCGGCUACACAUGCACCCACUGAAUAUGUGAACCCAGACGGACAGUACGAAAAAGUCAUCAAAGACGAAGUAAUUUCGGCACCGCUUGGCAAGGUCUUCUCUUUAGUUUUCGGCCCAGCGUCUGGCGACUUUAUGACCAAGUUCCUUGCCGACAACCAGAAAUGCGGAGAGCUACAGUUCGAAGGAACAGCGAAGGGUUUAACAACCGAAUGCCCAACCAGAAAGUACUCGUACAUCAAGCCUCUCAAUGGCUCCAUCGGCCCAAGGCAAACAAAAUGUAUCAGUACCGAGACCAUGGACUUCUUGGACCUUGAAAAGGCUGUUCUUGUCACCCUGAGCACCCAAACACCCGAUGUGCCCAGUGGUAACGUUUUUGCUACCAUGACCAAGUACCUCUUUACAUGGGCUCCUGGCAAUCAAACUCGCUUCCUCAUGACUUGUACUAUUGAGUGGUCAGGCAAGAGUUGGCUGAAGGGUCCUAUUGAGAAAGGCGCAAUUGAUGGGCAGACGACCUUCGGUAAUGAGCUUGUCAAAGCUCUGCAGGUUGCAGUUGUUUCCCGUGGGCGUGCCGGCGGCGCUGGACGAGGCAAAGGAAGGCGCAAGAAGGGCGAUGGCGCAAGGCGGGAGUCCACCGCAGCUAGUUCGUUAAAGGUUGCUGUGGAUCCCAAUGCCGGAAAGGGACAAUCAUGGGGGCUAUUUGAACCGGUUCGCCCCCUCCUGGAGCCCUUUACCAGCAUUCUCAGUCCACUAUGGAGUAGCAAAUUCGCUCUUCUUAUUAUCGGAAUCUUGUUCUACAUGGCGUUCUUCCGAUCCUCGUCGCCGCCGUCGUCUAUGCUUUCGCAUGGAGUCGGCUGUCCAGGUCACGGCUUGCCCCAGCGACUCGCUGCAUACGAGGAGAUGUGGCGACGUGAAGAGACUGAGCUCUGGAACUGGUUGGAAGAUCGAGUUGGUAUGGACGGAAUGGUCUUUCCAAAUGCUUAUCGAUCGCCCGAGCCCCACCCAAGUCGCAGGUCAUCUGCAGUUCGUACAAGCGAUGAGCGUGAGCUCGCUGCGUUGCUUCGGGAAGAGAAAGUCUCUGACCGUGAGAUGGACCAUGCCCUCCGUACUACACGUCAACGUCUCGAAGUCCUUGAGGAGAUGAUGGGCAAACGCAGAGCCCAAUGGGAAGUCAACGAGCCAGUCAAGUCCGAAUUGUGA